UAUCCGAGGGUCCCACAUCCCUUAUCCCGAAGAGCAGCGCUAGCCUCCGCCACUCUUCGAGUUUGCUGUUGUUCCUUGGGCGGGAGGAGGUCAGCCUUUGCAGCCGUGAAUGGAUACCACUAUCGUCGGCUGAGAGGCCCGUUGAAGGUGUUCUUCGAGCUGCUGGCGCGAACACAUAGCCCGUACCCGAUGAGUGUUCGAUUGGCGGGCGGCCAUAUGGUGAAGCAGAGGAGGUUUAUCGGGAACACUAAUAACAAAAUGAUCAAUAUACGAGAACAUUUAUAGACGCUCUAAACGGUUGUGUGACUAGUACAAUCCCGAUGUAAAAGUCGAGUCACCGGGGGUACCGAGAGUGUGGGUUUGUACGUUCCCGAGCGGAAUUUCUUCGAAAAUAUCGACGGGUUCAGGUUGCAAACGCGAGACGCGUUAUCGCGCGUUGUAUAAAAUAAAGAGUUACAGGUUCGACCACGGAUCGUGCGCGGAGGAUAUCCCUCUCAGCAGGAAGAGAGCCGAAUGCUACAUAGAUUCACGCAAAUAUAAAUGAGAUUUCCUCUUCUAUUGCCCGGACUUGAGGAAGGCUCUUACAUUUUAUCAUAACGAUUUUAGAUACGAUCGUGCGAAGGGACGGAGAAAAAAACACGAGCUAAAGUAGUCGAGUAAUAGUCACGUUAUUCAGUUCGUUCAUAAUUUUCGCGGCAUAUUACCGCAGAGAUAGAGAGAAAAGGAAAAACCGACAAAUUUGCAUAUCGCAACCGGACAAACACACGGUCGUGUGUCGUGUGAGAAACGGACGGCGCGCUUUAAUUUACGAAGUACAAGCAAUUUUCGACUCACGCGCCGAGCCAGGCGGAGCUUUUCAUCAUAAUGAGUUUUUAACUGAGAAUGCGCGAUGACGCAGCGAGUUUACCCGUGGUCCACGAGCCCCCGCGAGGCGUCUCAGGAUACUCCAAUGGUGACCUUCAAAUCAAAUUGUCACCCCCACACAAAGAUCCUAUCGAGGUACACACAACAAGACAAGGAGAAGGAUAAACAUGAAGCCGAGUACAUGCUGCAAGGAAAUGGCAAAGCGAUGGAAUUCGUGCCACCGCAAACAAAAGAGGAGGACAACAAAUCGGCCUCGCAGUCGCCAUCGCCGCCACCGGUGCCUUACUACAAACUCUUUCGAUACGCGACAUGUGGCGAGCUGAUGUUGGUCAUUACUGGCCUCUUCGUAGGCGGCUUAGUAGGUCUAUGUUUACCAAUUGCCACGAUUCAGUACGGUGAAUUUAGCACGCUGCUAGUGGAUCGUAAUAAGGCCAAUCACACGAGCACGCCGACUCUCAUAUUGAAGUGGUUCGGAGGCGGAAAAGUUCUGCCACCUGACGCAACAAGAGAAGAAAGGAUGAACACUCUCUAUGAAGAUGCGGCAGCAUUUGGCAUCGCUUUCUCGUUGCUGUCACUAAUCCAGUUCGUCCUCGCGAUAAUCGCGAUCGACUUGCUCAAUCUCGCCGCCACGCGACAGAUCACUCGCGUGCGCAAAAUGUUCCUGCGAGCCGUGCUUAGGCAGGACAUGACGUGGUAUGACACGAACACGUCUACAAAUUUCGCCAGCAGGAUCACCGAGGAUCUGGAUAAAAUGAAGGAUGGCAUGGGGGAAAAGUUAGGUAUUUUCAUUAAUCUGGUCAGCUCCUUCACGGCCUCGAUCGUCAUCUCGUUCGUUUAUGGCUGGAAAUUAACUCUGGUCGUGUUAAGCUGCGCACCGACCAUCGUAAUCGCCACAGCCGUCGUCGCUAAAGUACAAAGUUCUUUGUCGGCCUUGGAACUGGCCGCUUACGGACAGGCCGGCAGCGUCGCCGAGGAGGUCCUCGGCGCCAUUCGGACCGUGGUGGCUUUUAACGGCGAGCAGAAGGAGGUGGAGAGAUACACGGAAAAACUCAUACCCGCAGAAAAAACCGGGAUCAGAAGGGGGAUGUGGUCGGGAGUCGGCGGCGGAGUGAUGUGGCUCAUCAUAUACUUCAGCUACGCUUUGGCGUUCUGGUAUGGUCUGCAAUUAAUUUUGGAUGACAGGCCGAAGGACGUCAAAGAGUACACACCGGCGGUAUUGGUGAUUGUUUUCUUCGGCGUAUUAACCGGCGCACAAAACAUGGGUAUGACUUUGCCGCAUCUCGAGGCGUUCGCGGUGGCGAGGGGUUCGGCCGCCGCAGUUUUCCAGGUGCUCGACCGCGUGCCGACGAUCGACACUCUGAGCAGCGAGGGCGAGAAGCGGCAGUCCGUCCAGGGCGACAUCGAAUUUAAGAACGUCGAAUUCCGUUAUCCGGCACGUAAAGAUGUGGAAGUGUUGUAUGGGUUGAGUUUGAAGAUCAAUCGCGGCGAAACGGUGGCGCUCGUCGGCGGAUCCGGCUGCGGCAAAUCCACCUGUCUGCAGCUCAUCCAGCGGCUUUACGAUCCUCUCGGAGGCCAGGUCCUUCUGGACGGCAUCGACGUGUCGAAGCUGAACGUUCAGUGGCUGCGCUCGCACAUUGGCGUGGUCGGUCAGGAACCUGUGCUCUUUGACACGACGAUACGGGAGAACAUCCGCUACGGAAAUGACAGCGUUACCGAGGAGGAGAUGAUCAAAGCCGCGAAGGAAGCGAACGCUCACGACUUCAUCAGCAAACUGCCGGAGGGAUACGAUAGCCCGGUGGGCGAAAGAGGCUCUCAACUGUCGGGUGGACAAAAGCAGAGGAUCGCGAUCGCGCGUGCUCUAGUCAGGAAACCGGCGAUCCUUUUGCUGGACGAGGCGACUUCUGCUUUGGACCUGCACAGCGAGGCGACCGUGCAGAGAGCCCUCGACGCCGCGUCGAAGGGUAGAACGACGAUUAUAGUCACUCACAGGCUCUCCACGAUCACGAACGCCGACAGAAUCGUAUUUAUCAAGGACGGUAGGGUCGUCGAGGAGGGAACUCACGAGGAAUUGCUGGAGCUCGGGAAACACUAUUACAGCCUGGUCGCCGCCGACGCGAACGCUACCGCCAAAGCCAAAGUCGCGACGGCCGUCAACAAGGUGUUAUCCACCCCGAAGAUGAAGGUGAAACCGCCUCUGAAAAAACAAUUCUCGACGUUGUCCGCGCAUUCCCAUCGGCUCUCUUUCACUGAGAGGUCCGACAUCUCGGAGAAUGAAUUGGAGGAGCACGAGAAACCUUAUAAUGCGCCCAUCAUGAGGAUAUUCGGUCUGAACAAGCCGGAAUGGCCGUACAAUCUAAUCGGUUCUAUUGCGGCAGCGACGGUAGGCGCGUCCUUCCCGGCGUUCGCCAUACUGUUCGGCGAGGUGUACAGGGUGCUGGGUCUCGAGGACGAGGUGGAAAUUCGCAGUGAGAUUAUCAACUUCUCCAUCAUGUUCAUCGUCGUCGGCGUGUUCACCGGCCUCGGUACUUUCCUGCAGAUGUACAUGUUCGGUUUGGCAGGCGUACGUAUGACCACGCGAAUCAGGAAACUGGCGUUCAACGCGAUGCUGAAGCAGGAAAUGGGCUGGUAUGAUGAGGACUCGAACAGUGUGGGCGCCCUGUGCGCACGUCUUUCGACGGACGCCGGGGCGGUUCAAGGUGCCACCGGGACUCGCGUGGGCGCGACCCUGCAAGCCAUAUCGACUCUCGUCCUCGGCAUCGGACUGUCCUUAUACUACACGUGGAAGAUGACGUUGGUCUCGGUGGUGUCGAUCCCGCUGGUGCUCGGCGCGGUGUUCCUCGAAGCGAGGAUCAUGAGCGGCCAAGGUAUGCAGGAGAAGAAGAAGAUGGAGGCGGCGACCCGGAUCGCCAUCGAAGCGAUCUCCAACAUACGAACGGUCGCCAGCCUCGGCAAAGAGAAUACGUUCUUCGAUAAAUACUGCGUGGAGUUGGGUCACGUCGCCAAAGCGACCAGAGUGAGGAACAGGCUGAGGGGUCUGGUGUUCUCGUGCGGACAGACCGCGCCAUUUUUGGGAUACGCCGUGAGCCUCUAUUACGGCGGUUACUUAGUGGCUCGAGAGGGCCUGGACUAUCAGAACGUCAUCAAGGUGUCGGAAGCGUUGAUCUUCGGCUCGUGGAUGCUCGGCCAGGCGCUCGCGUUCGCGCCCAACUUCAACAUGGCCAAGAUCUCAGCCGGCAGGAUCUUCAGACUGCUCGACCGAAUGCCGCAGAUUACCUCGCCGGCAGGAUCGGAAGGGAAGGACGUCGGCUGGAAAGCGGACGGGAUGAUUCAAUUCUCGAAGGUCGAGUUCCAGUACCCGACGCGGCCGGAAGUGCAGGUGCUCAAAGGGCUGAAUCUAAUUGUGAAGCCGGGUCAGAUGGUAGCCUUGGUGGGUCAGAGUGGUUGCGGCAAGUCGACCUGCAUUCAGCUGUUGCAACGGCUGUACGACCCCUUGUCCGGCGACGUGACGUUAGACCGACGUGACAUCGCGUCGGUCUCGUUAGCCAGGCUCAGGUCGCAGCUCGGCGUCGUCGGUCAGGAGCCGGUGCUCUUCGACAGGACGAUAGCCGAGAACAUCGCUUACGGCGACAAUUAUCGACAAGUGCCUAUGGACGAGAUCAUCGAGGCCGCCAAGAGAUCUAACAUCCACAGCUUCGUCUCCUCGUUACCGCUGGGUUACGACACGAGAUUAGGAACGAAGGGCACUCAGCUCUCUGGAGGACAGAAGCAACGAAUAGCGAUCGCGCGCGCUCUCGUUCGGAAUCCUCGAGUUUUGCUGUUAGACGAAGCCACUUCGGCUCUGGAUACGCAAAGCGAAAAGGUCGUGCAGCAGGCCCUGGACAAAGCCAUGGAGGGCAGGACGUGCAUCACCAUAGCCCACCGUUUGGCCACUAUAAGGAACGCGGACGUGAUCUGCGUGGUCGACAAGGGCAUGGUGGCUGAGAUGGGCACCCACGACGACCUGAUGGCGGCCGGAGGUCUGUACGCUCAGCUGCACGCUCUUCAGGAGAGAGAGGGAGAGAGCGUGUCGUAGUAACGGAGCCUCCGGCGUUGGAUUCCGCGUUCUCCUCGUUCGGCAUGAAUCCUACCGUCGCGGAUCUCGUUGCCAGUGGCUGACUCGGAGACGGUUCUCGGCGGUGAGAAACGAGAGGAGAAGAGAUACUACGGUAAGGCCACGGAGCGAGAGCGGUUGACUGUCGGAAGGCUGCCGACCACGUAAUACCGAGGGACAUAAAGCGGGACGGGAUUGAGAACGGGCGUUCAAAGGACGGGGACGCGUCAGCGCGCGCGCGCGCAGCGAUCCUCGAGUGGAGGUUCACAGGACACACGUUCACGGUUCGAUUCGCUGCGUCGACACGCGAUCGUCGCGUCUGUACGCCUGCGGCGAGCAGGUGUCCCUCGCAGGUAGGCGUCGUUCGCCUUCGAAAUCGUAUAUCGGUGUAACGAGGGAGGAUUCUCUUCACGGUAACUCGACGUCGAUUUGACGGAUCAGUCACGUUGCAACAGAUCGAGUGUCUUUUCUUUUCCUUUUAUAACCUACGUCUUCUUACUGUUUAAUUUAAUUCCGAAUAAUUGUGUGACGCGGGACCCUCGGACGACCCUCACCGAUUCUCGUCGCGAGGAGCUUUCCAUUCGUUCUUGAUUCAUUUCAUUUUCGCAUUCAUCGACACGAGCGCAAGCGGGAACGUAAUAUGUGUUUGGCGGCGUCGUUGUCUAGCUUCCGGGAGGACUUCAGCGCCCUUCACGAUUGAGCCGUCACGUUGGAUCUUCGUCGUGACUUACUCGCGCUCCACCAGCCUCUAUCUUGACGUUCAUCAGUCGCGUUUGCAUUUAUCAUUUCUCUUGGUUUAGUUUUGUACAGGACGUUUACGGUUGGUAGACUCAAGUCUCCGUUAAGUAAUGUUUCACCGAGGACCACGCGCUGCUUCUCCUCCUGGCAGCCACGUUACUUCAUUAAGCGUCGCGCGCGCUGCCCGACCUAACGAUCCAUCCUUUCGGAACGGUAUAAAACGCGCCGCACACGCGGCAUUAUCCGUAAUGGCAGCGACGUAAUAGACUUUACCGUCUCCCUUUUCUCUCUCCGUUCCCCUUCGUCGCUGUCGUCGUCAUUCGUACGAGCGCCACCGACUUUUCUCCGUGGCGCUUUUUCUCAGGCGAUAAUAUUUCUCCGUGCGUGCGCGCAUACACGUACAAAUACACCCACGCACGUGCGUCCACACAAUCUCCUGCGAUCUUCAUUGCGAGCGCCGUCAUAUCUCGCGACGGAGGUUGCAAAAUUCGGCUGUACACACUGCGUCAUACAUACGCCUUACUAUUCCCCUGGAUCGCAAAUUAUACCAUUUUCAGCUUUACGCAUACACGGAAAAAGAAUUGGUCUUAAAUCAAUGAUAAAUAUUCUAUACAUAAGCAAGAAUAUUAUAAUCUUAGAUUUUUAGUCUCGGUUUGAUUGAAUUUGUAACGAUACAAGUAUUGCUUUGUAUUCAAUUCAAGACUAAAAAUCUUCUAAGAAUAUUAUUAUAUUCUUACUAAUAUGUGAGAAUCUAUCGUUGACUUAAGACUAUUUCUUUUCUAUGUAUACAUAUAAAAUCGGAACCGUUAUAAUUGGAGUUAUUUUCAACCUUAUGCGUACAUGCAUAAGCUUGAAAUUUAAUUCCGUAAAUUAUAUAAGCUUGAAAUGUAAUUUUCGAUCUAGGCGAUGAUAAGGCGAUGUUAUAUAUGACGUAAUAUAUACUUUCCUUUCAAGAGAGAAAGAGAAAAGAAACGAUCGACGCGAUAAACGACAAUAGUUCGGAGUCGUCUCGCUAAUGUUCAAAAAGAAGUUCCCACGGGCGCCUUACUUGAAACGCAGCGCAUCAGACCGAUCGAACGGAAGUCGAUACAACGGUCCCGUUAGACGCAAUUAGCGUAAUUAAUACUAUUGAUCUACGCGCUCUUCGCGCUUCGCUUGAUUAGACAGACGGCGUAACUGAAUCGAUCGACUCCGGCGGGACAUAACUGGCGUAACAAGGCGUGCAAAUGGCGACAGGUGUUCGGAGCUAAGGGCGUGGUGUGCGUGAAGGGUGUUCUACGCCGUGUAAUUUCGACAGUGCCAGCGUGUGGUAGCGCUCUAACGACGCAAAGAGCAUGAAAAAUGUAUAAGUAUUUCUCUCGAAAUAUAUACAUUCCACCCGCCCGCUCUUCCUCUCUCAACUCCUUUCCCCCUGGCGUCUCUUCUUUCCCUCUCUCUUAGCUGAAAAAUUCAGAUGUUCAUCUUUAUUCCCCUGCGGAGGGAAAAAAGUGAGAGAGAGAUAGAUAGAGAGAGAGAGAGAGAGAGGGGGAAAAAAAGAGGAAUUCUCUUCUCGCUCGGCUAGCCGGGUGAAAUAUAACGAAUUCAGCCGCGAGGCGAGAUGUCGGAUACGAGAGAGUCCGCCGGGGGAAUGUAAUAAAUCGUCGUUGGCCUUCCCAAUGGUGCCUUAAUAAUUAGACGUUCGAUGUACCGGUUCUCACGCGAUGAAGAGACAAGCGAGCACGAAAAAGACGCGGGCGUGAUGAUAAGAACAAAAGACGCGCGUAAGUUGCAUAUAUUGAGGAGGAAAACAAGGGAGAUCGUGGCGAGGUCACGCGCACGUACACACACACACAUACACACUCUCUACCUUUUUAUCCUUCUCCUCCGCGGCGCUUUGCGCCUACUUUCCUCGCGCAAUUCAGAAGUACAGUUCUCCGGCUGCGAAGAGGAAUAUUUACUCAAAAAUAUCCGGAGGUUAACCCGCGUAGAAGAAGCGCGGCUUUUCUCCGAGGGAUGUCUGGUGAAGCGACUUUCGCCCCGUCAUCGCGGCACAAUGGCGCACGACACGAAGAGCAGAAGUUGAAAAUACCGGGGACAUUCGCGAACCCGCGUUCCAAUAGUCAUCCCGAUCUCCCCAACCUUCUCGAUAAAGGUGAACGGAAAUAUAUGGGCUCGGGCUAAAUUCGAUCGUAGGAAAUUAUGUAGAGCGACACGCGACCGUAUGAGUAAACCGAUAUUUAUUACCGUAAUAACGGUUAUGUGUACGAUACGACGAGUGAAUAAAGUUGAAAUAGGAGGUCGCAUUUGUACAGUGCGCGUAUACGCGCGGAGGACGGGGAAACGCGAUUCGGCGGCAGAAAUCUGCCAAUUUGUCGUCGAUCCUGAUGUAAUCGCGAAAUAAUCGAGUCGAUUGUCGCGCGGCAGGACGAUCAGACGAUUGGUUUCUCGAGCGCGUGGCUCCUAUAAAUUAUGCGCGGCGUGGCGGGUCAUUUCGUUCGAUUGUACUUUCUCCCGAGAGAGAUAGCUGAUGCUUUCCCCCCUCAGGCUUAAUAACGAAAUUCGCCGGCGGAAGCUUAUCAGCUUUGGCGAUGAUGUACAGCCGGUGCGACGGAGGGAGUGCGUGCAAAAAGGCCCGAGAUGAUUUUUCAAAAUUUCUGCCUACGGCUUAAGAUCACUGCCGCGUCUCGGCCGUCGAUCCAUUACCGGGUGAUGAUAAACCGAACGUGAAAGAAUGAUCGUUACUAGACGAAAUAAAUCCGAGGCGUACAACAAGGUAUUGAACGGAUAAUUGUCAAUUGCAGGGAUCGAAGAAAACGGAUAAACUUUAUUUCGAAUGAAAAAGAGGGAGGGAGGAA